AUGUGUAAAUUUAAGAGCCAACAACAAGAGCAACCAAGUUCCUACCAAAUGGCAAAUGCAGCGAAAUUUCAUCCUCGACGUGAUUUAUUUCGAUUUAUACGCAACACGAUGCUUGUUGCGGCCAUGUGUCCAUUGCGGUUGACAGACUAUUUUCCAAAAUAUUUAUACUACUUGGCCAUAUUUUUGGAGUUGCUAUUUGAAGUGUUUUUAUAUUUUGUUACAAUCCACAUUUGGAUUUUAUAUCUGCUUACGCUGUAUUUGUAUUACCAAGAAGGCGAUUUGGAGUUUUUGGUCAAUUGCUUGAUACAAGCAAUUAUUUAUUUCUGGACCAUUGCCAUGAAGCUAUACUUUAGACGUAUGCAACCUACCAAACUGAAGCAUCUCAUGGAUUUUAUCAAUUUGAAAUAUGUUACUUGUUCAGCAAAUGGAUUUACUUAUGUGACCAUGAAUGAAUCGCUAUCCAUGUCGAAUAAGUGGAUUAAAAUUUAUGUUUAUUGCUGCUUCAUUGGUACAAUUUUCUGGUUAAUUUUGCCUAUCGCCUAUGGAGAUCACAGUUUGCCGUUGCGUUGUUGGUAUCCUUUUGAUUAUAAAGAACCCUUGAUAUAUGAAACAAUGUACUUUUUCCAAGCCAUUGGGCAAUUGCAAGUCGCUGCGGCAUUUUCAGCUUCGAGUGGAUUUCAUAUGGUUUUAGCUAUACUCAUAUCUGGUCAAUAUGAUAUACUCUAUUGCAGUCUUAAAAAUGUAAUGGCGACAGCUUAUAUCAAUUUAGGAGCAAGUCGAUCAGAAUUAAAAAAACUAAGUGAAAGCCAAGUAAUCGCCGAUAAGGAACCCAGUCAGUAUUACUGUUCUGUAGAACUUCAAAAUAAUGAAAUUCUGAACACAACUUUUACAACUACGGGUACAGCUGAAAAUUUUUAUUCUGCAUUCAGAGCAGCAUUUAAAUCUUGCGUACAACAUCAUCGAUAUAUCAUAAAGGCCUUACAAAAAAUGGAAUAUUUCUAUAAUCCAAUUUGGUUUUUGAAAACCGGAGAGGUUAUAUUUUUAAUGUGCUUAGUAGCAUUUGUUUCGGUGAAGUCAACUACUGCAAACUCCAGUUUUAUGAAAAUAGUUUCUUUGGGUCAAUAUUUAUUAUUGGUAGCCUGGGAAAUGUUAAUAAUUUGCUAUUUUGGAGAAAUUAUUUAUUUAAAUAGUCAACGUUGUGGAGAAGCUCUAUUGAGAAGUCCUUGGUACUUACAUUUGAGAGAGAUGAAAAUGGAUUUUUUACUCUUUUUAUUAAAUUCACAAAGGACAUUCAAAUUGACAGCCGGAAAAAUUUAUGUACUGAAUGUAGAUCGUUUCCGUGGAAUUAUGGCCACAGCAUUCUCAUUUUUAACUUUGCUGCAAAAGUUGGAUGUGCGUAAUUGAAAUACUGAAUACAUUUAUAACGUUCAUGAGUAUUUAAAAUAGUUGAAAAAAGACAAUUAUAAUUGCACUUCUUAUUUUUA